UCAAGAAAAUUAUCCAAAUCUCCAAAUGGCAGCCCAUUAUAUUGUAAUCUUCAGCGCCAUAUUGGUCCUGGCCCAAGGAUCAAAUCUCUUCCAGGAAACAGAGGUGCCCAUCCACUCUGGUGCUCCUGUCGCUAGCAUUUCGCAAGGCCAUCCAUCUGUGUCCCAGUCCGUUGGUCAUGGCGCGCUUCAACUUCCAGUUCCCAUUGGCGGAGGUAAUCAAGGAGUCGGGCUAGGGUUGGCUGGUGCACGACCCUAUGUGCCUGCACCUCGUCCUGCUGUGACCUACGCUCGUCCAGCUGUGUCCUACUCACGCCCUGCUGUGUCCUACUCACGUCCUGCUGUGUCCUACGCUCGUCCUGCUGCCGCGGUGGUUCCUUCUGUGGUGGGUGCUCCUGUGGCUUCCAUUCGACAGCCUUAUGGAGUCCCUGCCCCAGUCGCUGUGGGAGCUGGUCGCGGAAAUGGCUACCAUGGUUGCCUUAAUGGCUAAGAGCCCUCUGCCC